CCUCAGCUCGUGUGUGACGUGCUGCCAGUUGCAGUGUUGUUUUAGGCGUCGAAGGUGUGAAUGUUUGCUGAGCGAACCGAUUGGAGGCGAUGGAGGCGGCGUCAGCAGGCGCAGAGGACAGCCCCCACACAGCGGAAGGCUUCUUCCUUCACGAUGAAGAGAGACUGGUUCAGUUGGCAAGCCUGCUGGCAGAGGACCUGAACCGGUGCUGCCGCGUCAACUUGGGAUUCGAGGACGACUGGUGCCUCCUGGACGAGAAGUCACUUCCCUCCGCAGAACCGAGUCCUGCGGACAGACUGGGGUCCCCUGGAGAACCAAGUCCCGCAGACAUAUUGGAGUCUCCUGCAGAAUCGAGUCCCGCAGACAGACUGAGGUCUCCUGCAGAAUCGAGUCCCGCAGACAGACUGGGGUCUUCUGCAGAACCGAGUCCCACAGACAGACUGGGGUCUUCUGCAAAACCGAGUCCCACAGACAGACUGGGGUCUUCUGCAGAACCGAGUCCCACAGACAGACUGGGGUCUCCUGCAGAACUGAGUCCCGCAGACAGGCCGAGGUCUCGUGCAGAACCGAGUCCCGCAGACAGACUGGGGUCUCCUGCAGAAGUGAGUCCCGCAGACAGUCCACUCAUCCCUGGAGAACUGAAUCACGCUGCUGGAGGAUGGUACCCUGGAGAACUACGUCACGCGGAUAGACCACUCAUUCCUGCGGACUGGAGUCACGCUGAUACUCCACUUUCUUCUGCGGAACUGAGUCACCCUAGCAGACAGUUGCUGCUUGUAGGAUUGGACCGCGAUGAUACGCCGCUUACCUUAACGGAGCUGAGUCAUGAUGUGCCGUCUGUAGAACUGAGAAACCCAAACGGACUAUUCUCCCCUGCAGAACUGAGUCGCGCUGACAUGCCUCUGCCCUCUGCAGAAUAUAGUGAUGCUGAUAGAUCAGUCCCUUUCGAAGAACCCAGUCCCGCUGACAGGCCAGUGGCUUCCGAAGAACUGAGUCACGCUGACAUGCUACUGCCCUCUGCAGAACUCAGUCCCUUUGACAGGCCCCAUUCUGCUGCAGAACUGAGACAAGCUAACAGACCACUCUUCUUAGAAGAAACCAGUCCCGCUGACAGGCCACAUUCUGCUGCAGAACUUACGCACUGUGGCGCUGCUCCGGAACCGCCUGCUGUUGACGGCAGCAGGGAAUCAAGCGAGGAGAUCGACUGGAGCUGGCUGGCAACACUGGAAGCACGCGCCAGUGACCUGCGCACGCGCCAUGACGAGUCACCGCGACCGCACAGCGCCUGGCUACGGGCGUCCAUGCGUCGCGUACGGCCCUUCCGCCUAUCUGACCCUCCAGGAGGGUCCCUCGACAAUCCUAGCACCCGUCUGGGACCCCUUGCCACACCCGAUACCGUCCUCGACAUCCUGGCCAACAACAACCGCCGCCCGAGCUCCGCCCCCGGAGGCGGUGGUUCGCGCGUGAGACGAGACUUCCCCCGGCGGUACAGUAGCUACACUGCUACCAUCCUGAACGGCAGUGCCGCCAACCUGACACAAGCUACCGAGCCCGUCGCUGUGGCGACCCCCAGCUCAGACGAGGAGGACCUCUCUAGUGCCAGUGAAGGGGCGCGGACUUCUGGGGCCGAACAGGGUACCGACAGUGGCGCCGAGACGGUGAGCAUCGGCACGAGCACCAGGCAGAACAGUGAGCCUGAGAUGCAGAGCACCCCACUGGGAACCUGGCCCCACAGCUUGAGCUCUAUGCUGGCCACGCUGGGCUGCACCCUUGGGCUCUUCAAUAUCAGCCGCUUUGCCAUUCUCAGCAUUCACUUCGGAGCCACCUUCAUUGUUCAGUUUCUCUUGCUCACAAUGGUGAUUGGGAUCCCGCUGUUCACCCUGCACACCUGCCUUGGUCAGUGCCUUGCUGCUGGUGUCAUGGACAUGUGGCGCAUAUCUCCCAUCUUCCAGGGUAUUGGCGUUGCUCUGCUGGUAUCGCAGGCGCUCAUUGGUAUCUACAGUAUUGUUGGGGUGUCCUGGAUGUUCAUCUACUUUAGGGACUCCUUCAUCACAAAGCAGGACAGCUAUCGGUGGGCUGAACCAUAUGAUUUAUACCGAGAAGGAGCUGAUAUGGUGAAGAAUAUAUCGUGGAAACUCGAAGAGACGGUACCAGAUUACUUCAAUAGUAUUGUCCUUCAGCGCCACAAUGUGGAGAUGCCUGAGAGCUCAUUUGGACAUGUCAAGUUCCAGGUGGCAUUCAACCUGGCUGUCGUGUGGAUGAUUGUCUUUGUUUCCCUCAGCAAAGGCCUCAAGUCAUACGGGAAGGUUGUGUACGUGUUCUCACUGUUCCCCGUGUUCGGGACACUGGUACUGAGCACGAAGCUGUUGGGACUCACGCCUACCAACACGUCACACCAAGUGUUCCCACAGACUGUGUGGGAUGAAUUCUUCCUGAACACCAAGUGCUGGGUAGCUGCAACUGUGGAGGUCUUCUUCACAUGGGGGCUGCUUGGAGCGACAGCCAUGCAGAUCACGUCUCACAACAGACACAGGCAUCUCCUGAACCGUGACACCAGCCUUGUUGUUGUGCUGACUGUAGCCGUGCUCUUGCUCGCAGCAUUCCUCGCCAACACCUGCGUUGCCAUAUUGCACAGCCAUGGCUUUACGUACAUCCCUAGUUCCUUCGAGCACAUCUCAACAUAUGGGUUCCUGCAGCCGGAGUCAGAGCCACUGCCACCAGCACUGGCCAGCACGCCCGUCCGCUACAUGACCCACACAGUGCUAAUUGCCGGCAGCAGAGUCACCGUGCCUGGAAUUGACUCUCGCCAGCAGAGCGGGUACCAAGUUCUACGACUUGCAACAGAACUGGUGCCAUCCACUCUGGCACUGCUUGGUGCAGAUGGCAUAUCACCCUUCUGGGCUGUUCUCUUUUACUUUGUCCUCAUUUUGUUUGGCAUCGCACAGCAGCUGUGUAUCUGGCACUGUGUCAUCACAGGCAUCAUGGCUAUCAACACUGCUGCCCUCAAAUCCUGGGAGACCACAAUCACUUUCUUCAGUUGCGUCUGUGGCUUCAUUCUUGGCCUCCCCAUGACGACAGAGCUGGGGAUAUUCGUUGUGCACUUCCUGGACUACGCCAUUGGCAGCUCCUGGUGGCUCAUGGUGCUGUACCUGAUCGAGAUUUUGGUCGUGUUUGUGGUACGCGGUCGGCCAUACAGCGGUGAGACUGUGGUGGCAACUCUGUUCAGUCGCAGUGCUGGGUGUCUGCAUGCUUGGGCCGCACCACUGCUCGUCUUCACCUGGAAUGUCAUUCUUCCUAUCGCCCUUGUGGUGGUCUGCAUCAUGGUGUUCAAGAAUGGGCGGUUCCGGGACUUGUACAGUUGGCGCAGCCUCACUUACAACUACUGGCCUGUGUGGACACGUGAGGUGGGAUGCAUGCUACAAAUUCUGCCCAUCUUACUUGUUCCAUUGGGUUGCAUCGUGCAGACUUGCCGAUACCUGUCCAGUGGGCCUCCUGACAUCUUGGAUCGCAUCCAGCUGCUGUAUCGGCCAUCCAUGACCCGUCAAGACAUGACAGAGACCCCAAACUGUCCCACAAACUCAGCCACUUCAGUACCGGCAGUGACAACUACCACCGCUGUCACUCCUACACCAGAAGCCACCGUGUCAGCAUUUGAGGACCCUCCACCGAAGUAUACGCCACCCCCAUCAUACACUACAGCCACUGGAGCAAGGAUUGCCAAACUUUUACGGCAGAGUUUCCGUCGAAGCAUGCGUCGUCUGGCAAGUGCACUGGGAGACAACAGUACCCUGCCCCCUCCACCUGACUACAGUGCAGUCCUUGUGGAGAUGAAUAGGACAAUACAGGAACAUGAUGAACAGUUGCCAGAGCCGUCUUCUGCCCUUUCGGCGCACAUGUCCACAAUGACUGCAGCUAACGUAGCACAUAUCCUUAGGAGCAGCCUUCGACGUUCUGCCCCACACAACAGGGACAUCGAAGGCUUGGUGGACAGAGCUGCCCCUGUUCAUCAUGAUAUGAUGGUCCCCUCCAUAAGACCAGAGACAGACUCAAAACCUGAAGCUGAGAGCACAUCUGUGAUAUGAAUUGUUUGGCAUCACUGCUGAUCCAAUAUCCAUCCAUCUUGUUCCCACUGCAUCGAAUAUUUUUGUAAAAUAGCUUCUCACAUGGUAUGUGGAUGCACAAUAAUACAUAUUAUGGACAAUCUUUGAGGCCUCUAUUUUUAAGGCCAAGAAUAUAACUAAAGUAAAGUUUUCCCUCUGCUUAAUUCAGCAACAUGUCAUGAAGGCAUAUGGGGUCACAGAGGUACAGCUUUACGAUGUUCACACAACUGCAUGCACUGGCUUCUUUCCACCAAGGGAAGGAUGUCUGUAUACUGAUUCGACAGGAGGCUGGGUGGGUGAGCCUCAGAGCCAGUCUGGAUGCAGAAACAGAAAAAUAUCCACUUUGGGAAUUGUAGCUCAGUCAUCCAACCCAUUAGCCCCAUACUGCAAAAAAUAAAGUUUAUUUCAUGCAUGAAAUUAAAUGUUGCAUUCUUACAGUAUUCAUUUAUAAAAAGAAUACAGAUAAUAAAGAAUAAAGAUACAGAGUGAGUAAAUUCCAUUCCGUCCAAGUAUGGGUCUGCUGUGUUAGAAAGGGACAUGCAGAUCUCACAGAUGGCCUUUUUGUUAAUGUACUUCACAUCGAGACAUCACAACGAACCAUACCAAAGCGUACUAUUUAAGUGUGUUUGUACCAUGUUUGUGUGUGUGUGUGUGUGUGUAUGCAAAAGGCAAUAAAAGAAUAUCAAAUCAAAUG